GCAGCGUCAGUGGCGGUGGAGAGGACAAACAGAUACCAGAAAUAUUCCGGAGGCAAAUCAGCCGAACUGAAUGUGGAGAGAGAGGAGUCUGGGAGAACGCCCAGGUUUCUCGUAUGAAAACUGGUGGAUGUUAGGCUGUCACGGAGAUAGGGACGCCGGAAAGAAACAGAUGGGGAGAGCGAGAGAGGUCUGGCUAGAAUAUGUUUUUUUUUUUUUUUUUUUUUUUUGAGGGGCUUACGGGAAGAGACUGUGGACAGACCUGGCUGAUGGGCGGCCCCUCCGGAUGUGGACUUCCAGGAAGAGCUCCGAGGGGCAGAAUUAAAGACGUCAUGACCGACGCGGUGGCCCUGCGGGUGCGCUCGGGAAUCCUGGAGCAGACGGGCGCCACGGCAGCGGUGCUGCAGAGCGACACUAUGGACCACUACCGCACCUUCCACAUGCUGGAGCGGCUGCUGCACGCACCGCCCAAGCUACUGCACCAGCUCAUCUUCCAGAUCCCGCCCUCCCGGCAGGCGCUACUCAUCGAGAGGUACUAUGCCUUUGACGAGGCCUUCGUUCGGGAGGUGCUGGGCAAGAAGCUGUCCAAAGGCACCAAGAAAGACCUGGAUGAUAUCAGCACCAAAACAGGCAUCACCCUCAAGAGCUGCCGGAGACAGUUUGACAACUUUAAGCGAGUCUUCAAGGUGGUAGAGGAAAUGCGGGGCUCCCUGGUGGACAAUAUUCAGCAGCACUUCCUCCUCUCUGACCGGUUGGCCAGGGACUAUGCAGCCAUCGUCUUCUUUGCUAACAACCGCUUUGAGACAGGGAAGAAAAAACUGCAGUAUCUGAGCUUUGGUGACUUUGCCUUCUGUGCUGAGCUCAUGAUCCAAAACUGGACCCUUGGAGCCGUCGGUGAGGCCCCCACUGUCCCAGACUCACAGAUGGAUGACAUGGACAUGGACUUAGACAAGGAAUUUCUCCAGGACUUGAAGGAGCUCAAGGUCCUAGUGGCUGACAAGGACCUUCUGGACCUGCACAAGAGCCUAGUGUGCACUGCUCUCCGGGGAAAGCUGGGCGUCUUCUCUGAGAUGGAAGCCAACUUCAAGAACCUAUCCCGGGGGCUGGUGAAUGUGGCCGCCAAGCUGACCCACAAUAAGGAUGUCAGAGACUUGUUUGUGGACCUUGUGGAAAAGUUUGUGGAACCCUGCCGCUCCGACCACUGGCCACUCAGCGACGUGCGGUUCUUCCUAAAUCAGUAUUCAGCGUCUGUCCACUCCCUCGAUGGCUUCCGACACCAGACCCUCUGGGACCGCUACAUGGGCACCCUCCAUGGCUGCCUCCUGCGCCUCUAUCAUGACUGAGACCCCUCCCACCACCCCACUCACACUGACAAUAAAGUUGCCACUGUGAGUUUGGA